AUGUCAGGAAAUGUAGUAUCGCAGGGUACUUGUUCAAGGCGAAACAUAUCAGGUUAUGAGGGUGUUCCGACACACUGCUGGUGUGGGAAUCGCGUUUCAACAUUUUUAUCCAAGACAACGAAGAAUCCCUUUAGGAGAUUCUAUCGUUGUGUAGUUGCUAGGCAGAGGGAAGGUGAAUCUCAUCUCUUCAAGUGGGUUGAUGAUGCUUUGGUGGAAGAAGUUUACAGGGUUGAAUCAAGACAAACAAUUGUAGAAGGAGAGGUCGAAGUUUUAGUUAAUCAAGAGAUACAUGAUUCUGUCACCGAGCAUAAUGGAUGUCUCGGGAAGAAGUGGAAGUAG